AUUUUUCGUUGGGAAGUUGAACUUCCAAAGGAGGUGGUGUUGCAGCCUAUUCAUUUGUAUUCCAAAUUAAAUAACAUCCCUGCUUCUUUAGUUCUUUUUGUACAUUAAACUGGUGGCGAACAAGGUUAUGGUAUAGUCAUAAUCAGUGUGGUGGUCAAGAGGGCGAAGUGCACAAAUAUUCGCUUUUAGGACUGCUAUUUAAAGCAUACCCGAAAUUUUGCUCAAGUGUUUAAAAUUUAGUCAUCCGUCUGUCACAAAUCUCUUUUAAGAACAGAAGUGCGUAUAAAACUAGAUAAGUCUAAUGGAUUCAGCACUAAUUUGCUGAUUGAAGCAUCAGUAAAAGACAAAGGGAAAAAAGGAUGGAAAAACUCAAUGCUCCUUCAUCACGAGCUCAACAAAGCUCCAUCUUUGCAAUUCGCAUCAGGAAAAUCCCCUAUCUUGUUUCCCUUAUGAUUCGUGUUGGUAUCACAUGAUUUGCAGCUCCAAAGAGAAAAUUACCGAGGCAAGUAUCGGAAUAUCCUGGAGAGUUUGGUGUACGUGGCUUACCCUAUUUCGUCUGUCUACAGCUAAAGUGGAGAGCAAUGAUACAAUAAUGAAGAUGGAGAUUUUCUUCUCCCAAGUUGGUGAAGACACCAAAUGUCUACUACUAUUACUACUACUACUACUACUUAAAAUGGUGCCUCCUUAUACGAUUUGAUUGGCUAUGGAACUAUCAGAAAUCUUCUACCCACAAGGGUUAGGGCUGCCAUGUGAGUAUCAAGCCAAAGUUUUGAGCUUUUUGCUGCUAUUAAAAUAUUUCUGUCCACGUCAUUGGGUCUAAUUUAUGUUCUGGGAAUUUCAAUUAAUAUAUGUUUCGGGAAUUUAUGUUGUUGUGAUAUUAAUAUUGUGUUCCUUUUUGUCCUUUUGUCUUUUUAUUUUUUUGAGCCGAGGGUCUUUCGAAAAUAGUCUCUUCAAAAAUAGUCUAUCUACUCCUUCGGGUAGGGGUAAAGUCUGCGUACACAUUACCCUCCCAGACCCUAUUAGUGUGAUUUUACUGGGUUGCUGUUGUUGUUGUUGUUGUUGCUGUAUGUUCCGGGAAUUUAGUUACAAGUGAAAAACCAGGGAGAAGAAGGUUAGAUUUUUUCUUGGUCCGAUGUUAAACAUUAUUUUGUCUCCGCUAAGACCAAUGAUUUGGAAAAAGAAAUUGCAAACUUAAAGGACUUGUAAUGUUCAGUAACAAAUUUGAAGGACUAAAAUAGUCCAACCCAUAAACUUAUGGGACCAUUUGAGCCAUUCUUUAUUCUAGCUCUAGACAUGUAGGUUGAUGAAUAAUUAUGAUAUUUAGGUACGUAACCCAUCCUUAAUUUGACGUAAAACAUAGCAUUAUUUAGUAUUGGAAUGAAUUGGACCAAUAGAGCUAGCAAAUACUAAUGAUUAAUUAUGCAGAUGGCAAUUGAUCAGGCCUUACUUAGAUUAUGUAGUAGUUGACUGUUCUUUCACUGAUAAAUGUUCAUUUGAUUGAUACUAAUAUAGUUUUGCUGUGUUGUAGUACUGUAAUAUUCAUCUUCCUGGGGACCUUCUAUUUAGCUGGGAUGUCUCACGCCUUUACAAGAGCUGACAUACAGAACUCACCCUCCCCCACCCACCUCCCGCCAACUACAAAGAAUAGUUGGAAUAUUAUAAUACAUGCCAUAAACAAAGCAGUAACGGGCAUGACCCAGCUAUAAUGAAGCUCUAUUGUAGAUAAAGGAAGACCCUAGCUCCUAGUUUAAGUCUUUGAACUUUGGAACUUAUGAACUUACAUGUCAGAACCUUAGAAUAAUCAUUUCUUUUUUGUCCUCCUAGGAAAGUCAACUGACUCUGUCCCUUGAGGAGUUAGAGAAAUGUGCAGCACUCUUUUGUUUAUUCAAAGAUUUUUCUUUUGUUAUUCUCCAUAAACAAGCCUUAUUUCAUUUAUUAUCAACUGUAAACAUCUGUUUACUCUCUAGGUAUGUCUCUUUAAUUUACGUUAUCUAUAUAAAGAAAUCAAGAAUGCUUUUAUUCAUAAAAAAAAUGAAUGAUGUAUUUCCUUACCUCAUCUAUGUUACGGUCUAAAUUUAGCUGUUCAAGCAAGCAAGAAUAUUUUAUGUUAGACAUGCACGGUGCACCCCUCUUUGUUUUCUCCCUAUAAAUACAGCUUUGGAGCGGAAAAUAUUUUACACCAAAAAUGGCUCAGUUGGUUGGUUCAGAUGAAAUAGAGUCAUUUAGAAUGGAUCUCGCAGAGAUUGGAAGAAGCUUGAGAUCAUCAUUUAGGGGCCAGUCUUCGAGUUUCAGGAGCAAUUCAGCCUUGAGUGCUUCUCAGAAGGACGACGCUGUAGAUGAGGAGAACAUGUUGGCCUGGGCAGCAAUUGAGAGACUGCCAACAUUUGAUAGGUUGAGAUCAUCUCUCUUUGAGGAAAUCAAUGGCAACGACGCCAAUGUUAAGAGGAAAAGAGUAACUGAUGUUACCAAGCUCGGAGCUCUAGAAAGGCAUGUUUUCAUUGAAAAGAUGAUUAAGCACAUUGAACAUGACAACCUUCAAUUGUUGCACAAAAUCAGAAAGAGAAUUGACAAAGUUGGUGUAGAAUUGCCUACAGUGGAAGUGAGAUAUAAAAAUUUAACCAUUGAAGCAGAAUGUGAGCUAGUUCAUGGAAAGCCUCUCCCUACACUUUGGAAUUCUCUCAAAAGCAUAACGAUGAACCUUGCUAGGCUUCCAGGUCUACAGUCAGAACUGGCCAAGAUUAAAAUCCUUAAUGAUGUCAGUGGUGUAAUAAAACCUGGACGAAUGACUCUAUUGCUUGGACCUCCUGGAUGCGGCAAAACAUCACUACUGAAAGCACUUUCAGGAAACCUGGACAAAUCUCUUAAGGUUUCUGGGGAGAUUUCUUACAAUGGUUAUAAAUUGGAAGAGUUUGUCCCACAGAAAACUUCUGCAUAUGUAAGCCAAAAUGAUCUACACAUCCCUGAAAUGACUGUUAGAGAAACACUAGAUUAUUCAUCUCGUUUUCAAGGAGUAGGAAGCAGAGCAGAGAUUAUGACUGACCUAAGCAGAAGGGAGAAAGAAGCAGGAGUUGUUCCUGAUCCAGAUAUAGACACUUACAUGAAGGCGAUAUCUAUUGAAGGACAAAAGAAAAACCUUCAGACGGAUUAUAUUCUGAAGAUUCUUGGACUUGAUAUUUGUGCUGACACAUUGGUUGGUGAUGCCAUGAGAAGAGGUAUCUCGGGUGGUCAAAAGAAAAGACUGACAACAGGCGAGCUGAUUGUUGGCCCCAUAAAAGCAUUGUUUAUGGAUGAAAUAUCGAAUGGCUUAGAUAGCUCGACUACAUACCAGAUUGUUGCUUGCCUUCAGCAGCUGGCACAUAUUACAGAUGCAACUAUACUUGUGUCGCUUCUUCAACCAGCACCAGAGACCUUUGAUCUGUUUGAUGAUAUAAUCCUGAUGGCUGAAGGAAAAAUUCUUUACCAUGGGCCAAGAAAUUCUGCUUUAGAAUUUUUUGAAAGCUGUGGGUUCAAAUGUCCUGAAAGGAAAGGGGUGGCUGACUUCCUCCAGGAGGUUACAUCGAAAAAAGAUCAAGCACAGUACUGGCAUGGAACUAAAGAAACGUAUAAAUUUGUGUCAGUUGAUAUGUUAUCCAGAAAAUUUAAGGAAUCUCCUUACAGGAAAAAGCUGAAUGAAGAACUUUCUGUUCCAUAUGAUAACUCCAGGAGUCA